AUGAGAGUUAGUGAAAAGGUGGCAAUAUUAAUUGCAGCUGGUAUAUUCAUCCAGAUACCAUGUGUAAGAUGCAAGAAAAAAAAAUUCAGUGCCGACAAAGAACAGGCAAGCGUAAAAAAUCAGCCUAUAGCAAAAGUUUUUGAAUUCCCAAAUGUUGAGUAUCCCGUUUUUCAAGAUGACUUUCAAACACCAUACUUACCAGGACCAGAGCUUUUCAAUUUUAAUGAACUAGAAACAUUUACUGAAAUGGAAUGUCCCCAGUCAGCAUUCGAGACUUGGUCACCAAAUUAUUGGAACUUCAAGCCCUUUAAGAAUAAUCAUAAAAAAAUUGGCCCAUAUAAUCAUCCGACCCUUAAUCCUGGAUCACCCUUUGAGAAAUAUAAAAAUAUGCAAUAUCUUAUUUCAAAAAUCAUAAAAAAUUAUCAACGUUCAAAUGAUAUUCUAAAAGCCUCCCGAAAUUCUAAAGAUCUCCCGAAGAAACUCAUUACAAACGAAAAUUCCAUUUUUAAAGACACUCGAGAUAAUUUGUUAAAAAUCUUAAACAAUAAAAGAAAUACAGACUACGAUAAAAAAAUAAUUUUCACUAAAGAUACUUCGGAAGAAAAAAGAAACAAUUCAAAUACAGUAAUUAUAGAAACUAAACAACUCUUGAGGGAUGAUCUGUAUGAUAUAAAUGCUGUGAAGACGACACAGCGUCCCACUUUAUUAAAUAUAAAUACUACCACAAACUUGGAAAAUGUAAAACCUACUGAAAAUACAAUAAGUAAUAACGUUUUUUCUACAACUACUUCUGAUAGUUACUUAGAUAAUGUUACUACAACUGCUUCAGUAACAGAAACAGAAUCCCCUUCGACAUUUGCUUACUCUAUAAAUUUGAUUUCUACUGAAAGUGAUGAAAAUUUUAUCGAUAUUCCAGUCACUGCAGCGGCAUUAGAUACUAUUUUAACGUCUAUUAUUACUACACCCAUUACACCUGAUUAUAUAGUAGAAAACUCAGAAUCUUCUUCAAACACAACGUCCGGUUCAGCAGGUUUUACUGCAUCUUAUACUUCCGAAUCGGAAAGUACUUCCAUGGCUACUACCACCACUGUACCAUAUGAAAUUACGCUUAGUACGAAAAAGCAAACGAGUGAUGAAGUGCAAAAGAGUUAUGACGUGCAAACAAGCUAUAUUUCAGCUGACAAUAAGUUUGCUACGUCUAUUUACCAAACUCCAUAUAUAAAUUCUACAACUACAUGCAACCCUUCAAUAUACAAUAACGAUUCUUUGACCAAGUCCACCAACAAUAUCAUGGAGAAAUGUCAAGCUAUUGCAAAUGAAUCACUUUUGAAAUAUGUAAAUUCGACUACUCUGACUCUUUUAAACAAAUUAGUUUCAAUGAAUUUAUCACCACCUUACCUCACAAUGUCAGAGUUUACAGAUAUUACAGGUACAGAUGAUAUAUCAACCAUGACAACACCAUCAUUAUAUAAUCAAGCUAAUACUAAUAAGACUCAAGAUAUCGCCACUACAAUUGAAAAGACUAAAUAUUCUGCACCUUUAACAAUUUCAGAUGAUCUCACAUCUACAACAAUAUGUGAAAUUGAGGAUUUUGUUAAUCCUAAAGACAACACAAUAUUUUUUAGUAAUAUAACACCUCUGCCACCAUCAAAUCAUCGUGCAUCUGUAUCAGAUUAUGACAACCACACUGAAACCACAAAUCAGAAAAGAGAAGUAAUGACUAUAACUAAAUACUUACUUGAUAUACUUUCUCAAAAUACGAGUUUUGACAAAGAUAAAAAUAUAUUUGAAAUAGAAAGAGAUGUUUUAAGUGCUCUUCUUACAGAAAUUGUACAAAAGAAUGAAAUUUCUACUAAUUCUUCACAAACAUCUAAUUCAAUCAGUAUUGUUCCUGGUUCGUUGACAUAUAAUAAGAAAUGCGGUCUACCCAAUGAUUCAUUGUCCACCAAUAUUUUAGAAACAGUCGACCUAGAUACUGACACUGUAACAACUAUAAACAGUAGACAUGCAAUAUUUGAUGAUUCAUAUUCUGAUAAUAAUUUAAAAAAUUGUAAGAAAUUAACAACUGCACCUUUUUUAUCAUAUUUGACUACAGCUAGUCCUCUAAUUACGUCUGAGAUAAUGGCAACAGAUGCUAGUUUGUCAACGAAAAGCACUGAUUACGUGGUGACUAACUAUUUCACUACAGAAAGUCCUCUUAGUAGAUCCGAGCCUUCGUCGGCAGUUGCUAGCUUGUCCCCCUAUAACAGCGAAUAUGAAAUAAUUAACUAUUUGACAACAGUCAGUCCUAGAACAGCUACUGAAAUAUUGACGGUUAUUGAUACUUCAACCCACAACAACCAAAAUGUAGUAACGGACGAUGAUUAUAUCAAUUUUGUGAUGUCUAGUUAUACUACACUCAAUCCUUUAAAAACAUUUGAGAUAUCAAUGGCUGAAGCUAAUUCAUCGGACCACGAUAAUUAUUAUUUAGUAAAAAACAGUUUAACUACAGCCAGUCCUACAAUGACCUCUGAAAACUUAACAACUAUUGAUUCUUCAUCAGCUGUUAAUAACCAAUACGAAGUAACUGACAAUUUGACUACAACGAUUCCUCUUAAUACAUCCGAAACAGUAACAAUUAAAGCUAAAUCUUCAUCUCCUAGUGAUUUUACUACAGUCAAUCCUCAGAAACUGCCGGAACCACUGUUUACUACUACUGGUUCAUCAACUCAAAAUAAUCAUUAUGCGAUGACCGACUGUUAUACUACAGCCAGUCCUUUCAAUACUUUUAACACAUUAAUAAGCGAUGAUAGUUUUAACGAAAAUCAUGUAGUAACCGACGAUGUACCUACAACCAAUCCUCUGAAAACAUCUGAAUUAUUGAAAAAUAAUAGCGGUUCCUCAGUCUAUACAAGCGAUCAUAUGACUGAUUCAGUGACUACAAUCAAUCCUCUAAUAGCACCUGAGAUAUUUAUAACUGUUCCUAACGCGUCGUCUCAUAAAAUCACUAGUACAAUAUGCGAUUAUCUGACCACAACGAGCGGUGACUCUAGGAUAACCGAUUCUUUCACUACGGGCAGUUGGCUAGUACCAUCAGAAAUAAUAACAACUGUAGCUGUCAAGCCAUCGAGUCGUGUCAGUUCAAAUACGGCACCGGAUUAUUCAACUACAGCUAAUUCACUGAAAACAUCUGAGUCAUUAACGACUAUUGCUGGUUCAUCGGUUUAUAACAAUGACCGUAUGAUAACUGAUCCAUUGACUACAGAUAGUCUUCUAAAAUCUUUAAAACCACUGUCAUAUAUUACCAAUUCGCUAAACAACGAUUAUGAAUUAUAUGACUAUUUGACUACUGUCAGUCCUCUAAAAGAAUCUGAAGUUUUGAAAACUACAUCUAGUUCAUCAGACGACAACGGUGAUCAUGAAAUAAUUGAAUCCUGUACUACAGCCAGACCGUUAAAAGAAUUUGGGACAUUGACAACCCUUGCUAGUUCAUCAAAACAUAAUAGUGACUAUAUGAUGACUGAUUUUCUAUCUAUAACCACACCUAAAGACACAUAUAAAACAUUGACCACUGAUGCUUGUUCGUCAACCUAUAAUGGUGAUUUAGUAUCCGAUUAUUCAAGCAUAACCAGUGCUCCGGAACAAUCUGAGAUAUUUAAAGCUAUUCCUAGUUCAUCAGCUAAUGGCUGUGACGAUGUGACAACCGAUUCCCUCACUACAGCCAGUUUGUUAUCACCAUCUCAAACAGCAGCAACUGAAACUAUCAAGCCGAUAAGCUAUAUCAGUGGUUAUGCGGCAUCUGAUUAUUCAACUACAGUCAAUCCAGUAAAAAGCUUUGAGUCAUUGACAACUACUGCUGAUUCAUCAGUAUACAACAUUAGGCAUUUGAUAACUGAUUCAUUGACAACUGUCAGUCCUCUAAAAGAAACUGAAACAUUGAAAACAAUUGCUAGUUCAUCAGACGAUAACCAAGACUUUAUAAUAAUUGAUUCAUUAACUACCGUCAGGCCAUUAAAAGAUUAUGAGAUUUUUGCAGCUGUACCUAAUUCGUCAACCUAUAACAAUGCUUGUAUGACAUCCGAAUAUUUGACCACAGUGAGGCCUCAGUCAUUGAUAUCUAUAGCUAGUUCAUUUGACCAUGACAGUGACUAUAUUAUAACUGAUUCAUUGACUACAGAUAGUCCUCUAGGAUCUUCAAAACUAUUGACACGUAUUAACGAAUCUCCAACUCACAACGAUGAUAAUGAAUUGUCCGACAAUUUGAAUAGUUGGAAGUAUCUUAAAGAACCGAGAACAUUGACAACUAUUCCUAAUUUGGACCACAUUAACUAUGUAGAGACCGAUUAUUUUACUACAGCCAGUCCAAUAAUGGAAUCAGAAAUGUCAACAACUAGUUCAUCAGAAUGUUACAGUGAAUUUAUAAUAACUGAUUCAUUUCCUACAGCCAGACCUUUGAACCCAUCAGAUACAUUAACAACUAGUGUUAACUUGUCAACCUGUAAUAGUGCUAAUAUGGCAUCAGAUUAUUCAACAACAGUCAGUCCUCUUAAAUUAUUCAAGACAUUGAAAACUGUUCCUAUCUCGCCAGCCCUUCAUAGCGUGUGUGAAGUUACCAACAAAUUGACUACUGCCAGUCCUCUGAAAGAAUCUGAAACAUUGACAACUAUUGCUUGUUCAUCAGACAAUAGCAGUGACUAUGAAGCUAUUGAUUUCUUUACCACAGCUAAACCACUAAAAGAAUCUGAGAGAUUGAAAACUGUGUCUUCUGGGUCAACUAAUAAUAGCACUUACGAGAUAUCUGACUAUUUGAGCAUAAUGAAUCCUGUAAAAGAAUUUGAAACAACAACUAUUACUAGUUCAUCAGGCCAUAAUGACUAUAUGCUGAAUGAUUCAUUGAAUACUACAAGACCUCUAAAUACAUCUGAGACAUUGAGUGUUGAUAAUUAUUUGUUAAUCAAUAAUAACAAUUCUUUUGUAUCUAACUACAUGUAUACAGGUGCAGAACCGACAUACACUUCAAAUACAUCCGAUACAUUGAAAAAUGAUUCUAGAUCGUCAAUCCAUAACAGCUAUUAUGAAAAAACCACUUAUUUAACGAAAGUUAAUCCUCCAAUAGGCUCCGAAAUAUUAAUCCCUAUGUUUAGUUCGCAACUACCCAAAAAAAUAUCAAAUACUGAUACUUCAUCAACUCCUAAUGACAAAUACGUGGUGAUGGACUAUUUGACUAGAUAUAUACCUAUAAAGACACCCGAAAUGUUAUCUUCAAAUAAAACCUCAUCGACUUUCAAUACAACUUCUUCUCGAAUGCCUAAAAAAUUAUCAUAUCCUAAUACUUCAUCAAUAAAUAACAAGAAGUAUUUGAUAACGGAUUAUUUGGAUACAACUACCCCUUGGACACUUAAAAAAUUGUCCACUGCUAAUAGUUCAUCAGAUUAUAACAACAAAUACGUAGCGACGAACAAUUUGACUAGAAAUAUUGCCUUUAAGACACCUGAAAUAUCAUCAACUACUGACACCUUAUCAUAUUAUAAGAACAAAUACUUUUUAAUGAAUUAUUUCAAUACGACUACUUCUCGGAUGCCUGAAAUAUUAUCGCCUACUAAUACUUCAUCACAACAUAACAAACAAUACACAGUAACAGGUUAUUUGAAUACAACUACUCCUUGGACAGUUGAUACACUGUCGAUUACUAAUACAUCAUCAAAAUAUAACAACAAAUACAUGGUGACGGACUAUUUGACUAGAAAUAUUUCCCAAAAGACACCCGAAAUAUUAUCAACUAAGGAUUUCUCAUCGACCAAUAAAAACAAAUAUUCAGUAAAGGAUUACUUAAAUGCAACUAAUCAUCAGUUAUUCCAAACAUUACCAUCUUCUAAUACUUCAUCAGAACAUAACAACAAAUACUUAGAAACGGAUUUUUUUAAUACAACCACAUCUCGGACGCCUGAAACACUAUCAGCUACUGACACUUCAACAACCCACAAUAAUAAGUACACGAUGACGGACUUCUUGCCUAGAAACAUCCUUUUAAAAAAACCCGAAAUAUCAUCAACUAUGAAAACCCCUAAAACUUAUAAUUCAAGGACACCAGAAACAUUAUUAACUUCAAAUAGUUCAUCAAUAAAUAACACGAAUUAUUUGAAUACAAUUUUAAAUGAAAAUUGGACACUUGAUACAUUAUCGAUUAAUAAUACGCCAUCAAAAUAUAACAACAAACACAUGUUAACUGACUAUUUGUCUAGAAAUAUUUCCCUGAACACAACAGAAAUGUUAUCAACUAGAGAUUUUUCAUCAACUUCUAUUAACAAAUACUUAGCAACGGAUUUUUUUAAUACAACCACAUCUUUGACGCCUGAAAUACUAUCAACUAAUGAUAUCUCAUCAACCCAUAACAACAAAAACGUGAUAAUGGACUAUUUGACUAGAAACAAGCCUUUAAAAGGACCUGAAAUAUCGAUGACUGAUACUUCAUUAAACCAUAACAACGGAUAUUUAUUAACAAACGUUUUGACUAAAACCACCUCUCUAAAGAAACCUGAAAUAUUACCAAAUACUGAUAAUAAUUUAUUAACCCAUGACAACAAAUGUUUAGCUACGAAUUAUGUGAUUCAGACCACCUCUUCAAAAACAAACGAUACAUUAUUAACUACAGAUCCUUCUUCAACCCAUUCACAACGAAUGUUUGAUAACAGACUGACUAAAAAUACAUCUCUAAAGAAAUCUAAAAUAUGA